GACAAAGAGUUUGGUGGAGGAGUGAGUUUUAGAGACGCAGGGCGAGCAGGACCUUCGCCUGCGGAAGAGCGUGUCCCGCUGGGCUCCUGCCUUCUCCGCGAGGCUCUCCUGCCUCUUUCAGCACCCGGAGCGGAGAACAGUUCCCGGCACCCGCAGAGCUGCCCCGGGGGCCGCCGGCUGGCCAGGGUACCUGGAGCCUCUCAGGGGGGUCAAGGGCACUCUUGGAGAACCGAGGGUGAACGCCACCUUCUCCUCUCUUUUGGUGUGCAAGUAAACACAGGGGGAAAGCAUUCGGCGGCCUCAAGGAGCCCUGAAGAAACCGAAGCAGAAUGUACCAGGGACACAUGCAGAAAAGUAAAGAAAAAGGAUAUGGAAAACUAAGCAGUGAUGAAGACCUCGAAAUAAUUGUUGAUCAAAAGGAGGGAAAAGGCUCUAGGGCGGCAGAUAAGGCUGUUGCCAUGGUGAUGAAGGAGAUACCGAGGGAGGAGUCUGCUGAAGAAAAGCCCCUCCUUACUAUGACAUCACAGCUGGUGAAUGAGCAACAGGAAAGCAGACCCCUCCUGAGUCCCUCCAUCGAUGACUUUCUCUGUGAAACCAAAUCGGAGGCAAUAGCAAGGCCAGUAACAUCCAAUACAGCCGUAUUGACCACAGGCCUGGAUCUCCUGGACCUGAGUGAACCAGUCUCUCAAACUCAAACCAAAGCCAAGAAGUCAGAGGCCUCAUCGAAAACCUCAUCCCUCAAGAAGAAGGCUGAUGGAUCUGACCUCAUCAGUGCAGAUACUGAGCAGAGAGGCCAGCCUGUCAGAGUCCCCGAGACUUCAUCCUUAGAUUUAGACAUUCAAACACAAUUGGAAAAAUGGGAUGAUGUUAAGUUUCAUGGAGAUCAAAAUACUAAGGGGCUUCCAAUGGCAGAUAGAAAGUCAUGCUCAUCUAGAACUGGAUCAAAAGAGCUUUUAUGGUCCUCAGAGCACAGAUCUCAACCAGAACUGAGUGGUGGGAAGAGUGCCCUCAACUCGGAGUCAACUUCAGAGUUGGAAUUAGUGGCUCCAACACAGGCUCGACUGACCAAAGAACAGCGCUGGGGAAGUUCGUUACUUUCCAGAAACCACUCAUUAGAAGAGGAAUUUGAAAGAGCAAAAGCAGCAGUGGAGUCAGAUACUGAGUUUUGGGAUAAAAUGCAAGCAGAAUGGGAAGAAAUGGCUCGAAGGAACUGGAUAUCAGAGAACCAAGAAGCCCAGAACCAAGUCACAAUCUCAGCUAGUGAGAAGGGAUAUUACUUUCACACUGAAAACCCCUUCAAGGACUGGCCUGGAGCAUUUGAAGAAGGCUUAAAAAGGCUGAAGGAAGGUGACCUACCAGUCACCAUCCUGUUCAUGGAAGCAGCGAUUCUUCAGGACCCUGGAGAUGCAGAGGCAUGGCAGUUCCUCGGGAUAACCCAGGCUGAGAAUGAAAAUGAACAAGCAGCUAUUGUCGCCCUCCAGAGGUGCUUAGAAUUACAGCCCAACAACCUGAAAGCUUUGAUGGCUCUGGCUGUGAGUUACACCAACACUGGCCACCAGCAGGAUGCCUGUGAAGCGCUCAAGAAUUGGAUUAAGCAGAAUCCAAAGUACAAAUACCUUGUGAAGAGCAAGAAGGGCUCUCCAGGCCUCACCCGGCGGAUGUCCAAGUCUCCAGUUGAUAGCUCUGUUCUGGAAGGAGUGAAGGAAUUAUACCUGGAAGCUGCCCACCAAAAUGGAGAUCUGAUUGACCCAGACCUACAGACAGGUCUGGGGGUACUGUUCCACCUGAGUGGAGAAUUUAACAGAGCAAUAGAUGCAUUUAACGCUGCCUUAACGGUUCGGCCAGAGGACUAUUCAUUAUGGAACCGUCUCGGGGCGACCUUGGCGAAUGGAGACCGCAGCGAGGAAGCCGUGGAGGCCUACACACGGGCACUGGAGAUCCAGCCAGGCUUCAUUCGGUCCAGAUACAAUCUGGGAAUAAGCUGCAUCAACCUGGGUGCCUACAGAGAAGCGGUCAGCAAUUUUCUCACUGCCCUCAGUUUGCAAAGAAAGAGCAGAAAUCAACAGCAAGUUCCUCAUCCUGCAAUUUCGGGGAACAUCUGGGCUGCCCUCAGAAUUGCGCUCUCUCUGAUGGACCAGCCAGAGCUCUUUCAGGCAGCUAAUCUCGGUGACCUGGAUGUCCUCCUAAGAGCUUUUAACUUGGAUCCUUGAAAGAAAAGGGAAAAGAAAAAGAAGAAGCCCUCAUCUGUGUAAUUGUCCUGAGAAACGCAAAACUAUUUUAUUAUGAAUUUCCAAAAGGAUAAAUCAAAUGUUCAAAAGGCCAUGGUCAUGUAACCCAAGGGAGUUCCUACAGACAAUGCCCGGUUUUUGUUCAGAUCCAAAAGCACAAAAUGUUGUCUAUAGAGUUAAGGUUGGUCUUGAAGGAAGAAUUGAAGACUCAAGACAAACCAAGAUAAAGUGACUCUGAAUACAGUACACUUCACAAGUUGCAAGCACGUUGCAAAACAUGUUGUUUGGGUUUUUUGUCCCCAGUUGCAGCUGAUGGCCCGGCAAAGGAACUUGCUCAUGGAACACGUGGAGAAAGCAGUGCCUCGGAUCAUGGGAUUCUGACUGUUUCUGAACUGUCCCUGAAGUUCCCCCUUUUACAAAAUUGAACAUAGUUUGGGCCAUUGGUGCAUGCACAUAUAUUAACUCUUGACUCAAGAGAGGCGUUGCUUAAACCUGUUCUGAUUUUAACUUUUCCUGUAGCCCUUUGAUUCCAGAAAGGAAGCUUUGCUGGCAAAAGCAAUUUUUGCACUAGAAAUUUUUGCUGUUCCCAAUUGAAACUUUUCUGGGACUGUCCAGAUGCACUUUAAUAGCUCAUUUAUGCCUUGCUGGAGUUUUGUUUUGUUGCUCCAAUUUUUAACUUGGGAGUGAAAGAUUUGAGAACUCAGCCUGGUUAGAUCAACGGACCAAAUAAAAAUUUCUGAAUAGUUUUUCAUAGU